UGAAAAUGUCCGCCCCAAAAGCAGGAGAGGCUGUUCAAAAACAAAUUCAACAGGACUGGUUAAAUAGAGAGUACAUCGAGGUGAUUACGAUCAGCAUAAAGAAAAUCACGGACUUUCUGAACUCCUUUGAUUUGUCUUGUCGCUCCAAACUUGCCGGUUUAAACGAAAAAUUAACCAUUUUGGAAAGGAAAAUUGAUUAUUUGGAAGCUUGUGUAACAAAAGGCGAAACACUGACAUGAGAAAAAGAUUAAUUUUUAGUUGUUUUUAUUGAUUUACCAAUGUCAAUACUCUGCAAACAACUUCUAACAUCCAUUAAAGCCUGCAAUAAAAGACCACUUUUUCAUUGGAUAAACAUACAAUUCAAUGCUGUAGAUGAAGAUCGUGUAAAAUUAUUAGGUCCAGAUCGUACAUGUGCAGAAUGGAUUCUCCGUAAUGGUGGUUCAGUUAAAUUUGCAAGAGCAGGCAGUCAGAUGGAUAAUUACAAUGAUUUACCCCCAGAAGAGGUUUCUGUCAAGUUGGAGGAAAUACAUGCAAUUAACUGUAGCAUAAUGAAAAAUGGUUUUAAGCAUUUGGAUGGUUGUCAAAAUGUUAAGAAAUGCGUUUUUCAUCAGUGUAAUUAUCUUGAAGAUGAUGCUCUUAAGGAGUUAAUGUAUGUUAAGUCGACUUUAACAAGUCUUACAAUUUCACAAUGUGGAAAUAUCACUGAUAAUGGUAUAUUGUAUGUUAAUGCUUUAAGCAACUUAAAGGAGUUUAAUUUUUCUGAUUUGCCUGGUGUUAAAGAUAAGGAAAAAGUUGUGCAAGCAUUAAAAAGUAGCAUGCCAAAAACAAAUAUUAUUUUUAAGUAAAAAUUUUAUGGAUUUAUUUUACCUUUAAAGUUUGGCAAUUAGGUACCUAUAGGUACAAUAUAUUGUGUCAAAAUUAUUAAAUUUUUUUAGAUCAAGUUUAUUGUAUUUUUAUUUAUUAUAUUGACUUAUACCUAGGAUUUGUAAUUUUUAAAACGUUAAUAAACUAGAAAAUAUGUG